CCAUUUUAUCUGAAACCGAGGCUGGUGGUCUUAACCGUAGUAUAAAAGUAUUAUAUAACAUUAAACGUGAUACUGACAGGUUGGAAAACAGUAAAAUGCCUGUUGACUUUUUAGCAUAUGGAUAUGCCGCAACUGUUGCUGCAGGUGGCAUUAUUGGUUAUGUAAAAGCAGGAAGUGUGCCAUCUUUGGUUAUGGGAUUAGCUUGUGGAAGUUUAUUGGGGUUUGGAGCAUACCAAACCAGUAAUGAUCCCAAAAAUGUUGCAGUGUCAUUGGCUACUAGUGGUUUGUUAAUGGGUGUAAUGGGUUUCCGAUAUAUGAAUUCUGGGAAGUUUAUGCCGGCUGGACUUGUUGCCUCAUUGAGCUUUUUGAUGUUAGCUAGACUCAGUCUUAGAUUGAUAAAGCAGUAAAGAAGAAUGAAUGGUUGUGGAUUUAUAUUGAUUAUCAUAUAUCAUACUAUUUUAUAAUGAAUUGUUGACAUCAAAUUUUAUUCAAAUUAUUACUAAAAAAAUAAAGGCCUUUUCUUUUUC